UCAAACAUAACCCAACUUUUUUUGUAUUGCGGCAACUUCAAUUUUUUGUAUUUUCUGAUUUUUAUUUUGUUUAAAUUCGUAAAAACUUUAAUUUAACCAAAUCUUUUCUUAAAUAAUAAAAAAAUGGAUACCGAAGUUCGUGUAAAUACAUUUUUCGUCUCCGAAAAAAUUGCCAAAAUACGUUGGGUCCCAGAACAAUUUAAAGAUUGUGAACGAUUUCUUACCGGCAGCUGGGACUCAACAAAAAACUCUUUAAAAUUAUGGAAACUAGAAAAGAAUCAAUAUUCUGAUGAAUACGAUGAAUAUAUUCCCAAAUGCAAUGAUAAAGUUGCUAUGAAUGGAGAUGUUAGUGGUUUGGAAUUGUUGGAUAUGGAUAAUGCUGUUGUUUCUUCAUCAGAUGGAAUUGUAACCAUUGUCGGUAUUAACAGAGCAGUUGAAGAAGACCGCUUAAGAGUUGCUGGCACAUCAGAACUUUUACAUAAAAAGAACUCUGGUAAACCAUCUCCUUGUACAGGUUUGUCAAUUUUUAACAAAGACAUUGCCACUGUUGGAGAAGAUGGAAGAUUGAAUAUUAUAUCGGCAACCAAUUUGAGUACUAUCAAGACUAUUGAAGCAGAUAGCUGCUCUCUGAAUGCCGUUUCAUACAUUAACCCAAAAGAGAUUCUAACAGCCAAUCGAAUGGGAGUUAUAAAAAUGUUCGACAUUAGAUCGGAAAAUGAAGAUCCAACAAUUUCCUUUAUGAUUUCCUGUGAAGAUGAUCGAAAAUCAAAUUAUGUUUCAUGUCUAGCCUACCACCCAACCCAGAAGCACAUUGUUCUUGCUGGAAGUGAAGAAGGCUCAAUCACUGUUUGGGAUCUACGCCAACCAGGCUUCCCAGCUUCCUAUUUGAGCGCUCACAGCAGUGCCAUCACUGAAAUUGGUUUCCACAAAUCAGAACCAUCGAAACUGUUUACUGCUUCGGAGAAUGGAGAAGUAUGGCAAUGGACACAAAAUGUUAUGAUGAUGCCAAAUGAAAUGGAACCACAAAUGAUGAGACAGAAUGAAUCGGAAAAUAUCAAUCCAUGGUUGAAUGGGGAACGAGCCAAGAACCGGAUCAAUGUAACUUCGUUAAUUACAGACUUGCGGAAACCCAUAAACUCUUUCGAUUCGUAUGGAACGAAAAUUGUUUGUGGCAGUGACAGUGAGGCUGUGUAUUUUAUUGAUUGUUGCAUUUAAAAAAUAUUUGUAAUUUAAUAAAUUAAUUAAUUUCGUUUUUUUUAA